AUGGAUCAGACGGAGGUAGAAGAAACGGUGGCAAAAAUAGUGGAAGACACUGGAAAUUCCAUGGAUGUUGAUGAUGACGAUGAAGAAGAAAGUCAGCUACAAAUUGCUGAAACUGAAACUGAACCGGCAGCUGAUGAUGAAAUGGAUGUUGAAGAUGAGGCUGAAGAUUCUAGAGGUCCUGAAGUUCGAGAGGAACAAGAUCAGAAUCCAGAAGUUGAGGAAGAAGAAGUGGAAGAAACGCUAACCGUUGAACAAGUCCAAAAAUCGUUGGACCUCAAAAACGAGUUUCUCGAACUCUUCGACAUUGCGCCGAAAUUGCGCAACAUUCUAGUCGAGAUCAAAAACUUCAUGGCGAAUCCUGAAGUCACUCGAGCUGAUCGAAUCGAGAUUCAAUCAUUGGUGGAAAAACGGAUGAAUGAGGAGAAGGCGGCGAAGAAGAGAGCGAAACAAGAGGAGAUUGCGAAGGCCGCAGUGCCGGCGGUGACGACGAGAAAUGAGUUGGCCGAGGCGAUUAAGUGAGUAGGAUUUGUGCUUCUGGAGCUCCUGAUCUUUCAAACUUGAGCCCUGUGAGCCUCUGAGCAUUAUCGAUUUAUGGGAACUGUUCCUGCUCGAGAUUUUUAAUAAAAUUAAUGUUUUCUAAUAGUUGGACAUCGACUAAAUGACAUUUUCAUGUUUUUUUGAGUAAAUGAGUUGAAAUAUUGGGUUCUAAUGUUAUUCAUAUGAUAGAAUGGUCUAAGAUGAACAGAAUGAUAUAAAUUUUGAUGAGUUUACGUUGUCCUUAAGUGAUUUAGCGAUGUUUAGUCGAUAAGCCGCUAAAUCCCUUAUGGCUAACGUAAAGUCAUCAAAAUUUAUAUCAUUCUGUUCGUCUUAUACCAUUCUACCAUAUGAAUAACAUUAGAAUCCAAUAUUUCAACUCACUUGCUUAAAAAACAUGAACAUGUCAUUUAGUCGAUGUCCAACUAUACCGCUGAUCACGAUCCAAUCGUUCAUAAUGCGUUAUGACGUGGCAAAGUUUGAAAAUUCUUCGAAAUUUUCUAACUUUGCCACGUCAUUACUCAUUGGAUCGUGAUCAGUGGGUCUAAAACUAUUAGAAACUAUUAAUUUUAUUAAAAAUCUUGAGUGAAAACAGUUUCCCUAACUCGAUAAUCAGUGUAUUUUUCGACCGAAACGAAUUGUCUUCUUCCAGAAAUGUCGUUGGAAUCGAUCUCACUUCUCUCCUCGGCAACAAACCCCAACAACCCCAACAACCCGACGCAAUUCCGCAACAAAUCCACGCACCAACUCAAUACGGUGCGCCAGUAGUUCCGCAAUUCCUUCCAACCCCACAAUUCCUUCCGCCUCUACCUCAACCACAAUAUCCGACACAAAGUGCACCGCCAAGAAGAAGACGACCCAAUUCGCUGAUCAAAACUGAUAUGCCAAUCAAAUAUGGAAAAGCUGGGUUUGGAACGCCGAAUCCGAAAGAUGUUCCGGAAAUUCCGGAACAACUGAGAACGUGAGGAAUUUGGGUGGACGCUGCGAAAAAAAUCCCUUUUUGCAACAAAAUACCUCGGGAAAAUGCUGAAAAUUCAGCUGAAAUUCAAUUUUAUCACAAUCUGAGCACGGGAUAUUGUUCAGAAUUGUCGAUUUACUGAAAAGGGAAGUACACAGGGUUCAGGAAUGAACUUUUGAUAAAAUAUACUAAAACGACCAUGCUGAUCAUGAUCCUGAAGUGAAAAGCUGUCUGUGAACUCUUUUGGAGCUCUAGAAGUUUCCACAGACAGUUUUUGACUUCAGAAUCAUGAUCAGCAUGAUCGAUUUAGUAUAUUUUAUCAAAAGUUCAUUCCGGAACCCUGUGUACUUCCCUUUUCAGUAAAUCGACAAUUCUGAACAAUAUCCCGUGCUCAGAUUGUGAUAAAAUUGAUUUUCAGAUGAGAAACAGGUCUCUGAAAAAUGUUUCAGUUGAUUUUUCAGCAUUUCCCCCAGGUAUUUUAUUGCAAGAGGGAUUUUUUCAGCGCAAAAAACUUGAGAUGACAAAGUUUCCUUCAAAAAUCCGUGAAAUUAAAAUUGAUUUUCGAAUGAAAAUGCGAAUUUUCGAUUUUCAGCUGAAUUUUCAGCAUUUCCCCGAUGUUUUUCAGCGCAAAAAACCAAUUUUUUCCAGUAAAAAACCCGAAGACAUCUGUCCAAUCCCAAUAGCUCUCAAAGGUCUCGGAGUCGAUGAGCUACAAAUUGCUCCGCUCCCAAAUCAACUACUCCCUCCGGCUUUGCGCAAAGAAGAGCCCGGCGAAUAUUUGGGACCAAUCAUCAGGAAGACGCUAUGGUUGGCUGGAGCAAGACCGGCGGCUCGAAUGAAAUUGCGGAGGGAACAGGAGAUGGUUCAAUUUACACAGGAUACUAUCGAUGUGGGUUUUGGAGUUUUGAAGGGGGAAUUUUGGGAAAUUGUGAAAUUUUGAUCUAAAAAAUGAUCUAGAACAAAAAAUUUACAAAAUUUGAUGAAAAUGUGGUUUUAAAACAAAUUUUAGACUGAUUUUCAGCAAGAUUCCAAGUUUUCUGAAAAUUUAACUUAAAAAAUGAGCUCUGGAGCUCGAAAAAUCAAAAUUUCUCUGAAAAAUUGAUAUUUUCAGCUCAAAAAAUUAGCAAAUUUCAUAUUUUUAUUGGGAAAUCUGUAAAUUUUCAGCCAUUUUUGUAGUUUUUGAGCAAAAAUGAGCUGUGGAGCUCGAAAAAUCAAGAUUUCUCUGGAAAAUUGAAAUUUUUAGCUCAAAAAAUCAAAAAUUUCAUAUUUUUAUUGGGAAAUCUGUGAAUUUUCAGCCAUUUUUCAGUUUUUGAGCAAAAAUGAGCUCUGGAGCUCGAAAAAUCAAGAUUUUUCUGAAAAAUUGAUAUUUUUUGCUCAAAAAAUCAGAAAUUUUAUAUUUUUAUUGGGAAAUCUGAAAAAAAUGUUCGAAAUUUGAUGAAAUUUUGAUUUUGAUGCAAAAUUGAGGUUCAUUUUCAGCAAAAAAAUCGAAUUUUGAUCUGAAAAAAUACCUGGAAUUAAAAUUAUAUGAAAUUUAAUAAAAAUGUGCUUUUAAAACAAAAUUUAAGCCCAUUUUCAGCAAGAUUCCAGGCUUUCUGAAAAUUUAACUGAAAAUUAAAAAUGUCCUAAAAAAUCCCCACUUUUCAAAAUAAAUACAAAAAUCUUCAAAAUCAAUUCAAAAUUCAAUUUUCGGAACUCAUUUUCAGCAAAAAUACAGGUUUUCUGAAAAUUUAACUGAAAAUUGAAAAAACCUUUUUCAAAAUUGUCCAAAUUUUAAUUUUGAAAUUCAAAAUUUAAUUUUUUGCAGCCCGAAAACUUCAAGCUUCCACCCGGAGUUGCUCCAAUUUCCGACGAAUUGUUGCGACCAAAAGACGCGAAUGCAAAAAAGCGAAGAAAUCGCGAAAAAGCCGAUGAAUAUAAGAUGAAUUUGGCGAAAAGAGAUGGACCGAAUGCGAUGGAAACGAGUUUGCACAGAGAUUCACCGAUUGCUGUCAAAAGGUGGGGGUUUUGGAGGGUUUUGGCUGGAAAUUUGGGAAAAUUUGAUGUAAAAUAUAUAAAAUUUUGUGAAAUUUUGAUGAAAAAUAAUCGUUUUUCUCAUCAAAACCUGUGGAAAUUUCAGAUUUUUGUGCUGAAAUUACAGAUUUUUUUUUGCAGAUAUCACGCUCGACAACUUGCCAAAGAAACUGGAAUGUCAUUGGAAGAAGCUCUUGAUGAGGUAUGUAUUUUUGGGCUGAAAAUUUGGUAAUUUUUAAGCUAAAAAUUGGCCGAAAAUCUGCUAAUUUCAGCCUUGAAAAUCUGGAAAUUUUGACUAGAACUAACAAGGAAAGGUUUUCAAUGUUCCCCCAAGGAAAAAAUCGAGAGUAUGUGGAAUGUUGAGGGUUCCCAUGGGUAAGAAAAACCCUAACGUGAAUAAGGAGAAAAAUGCCUUGUUUUAGAAAAUUUUGGUGUUAUUGAUUUUUGCGAUGAAAUUUUUUAGAAAAAUCGAAACUUUUUUCAAAAUUGAUAAAAAAUGUCGGUCCAAAAAUUCAUUUGUAGCGCAAACGGCGUACUUUAGUAUUACUUCGACUAAAAUUAGGAAUAAAAUAAUUUUGGUCCCAAAAGUCCAACAAAUCAAAAAUCCAGUUCAAAAAAUUCAUAGAAAAUCAACGUUUUCGUUGUGAAGGAGAAGUUUGUGUGAAUCGAGACUAUGAUUUUCGGAUUCUACGGACCAAAUUACGUCUGUUGACCGUCAUAAAUUUUUCAAGUUCCGUUCAUUUGAAAAUGGAAAAAAUUAUUUUUUGUGUUUUUUGGUGACCAUUUGAUCAGAAAAACCCCGACUAAAAAAACCAAAUUUCAAAAAAUGUCUAAUUUUUUGAUAAAAAGUUUCACAAACACGUAAUCGACCAUUCUGAACAACUUCCACGACUCAAAAGUUCAUGAAAUAGAUUCAAAAUCGAGUUACAGAUGCUCUAAAAAUCAAAAAAUGGUGUAAAAAUCGACCUAAAAUACAUUUUUUCUUGAGAAUAAGGCAUUUCUCUCCUUAUUCCCGUUAGGGUUUUUCUUACCCAUGGGAACCCUCAACAUUCCACAUACUCUCGAUUUUUUCCUUGGGGGAACAUUGAAAACCAUUCCUUGUAAGCCUAUAAUUCCCAUCAAUUUUGAGCUGAAAAUCUGUAAUUUUCAGAUAAAAAGUUUUCUUGAAAUGUUGAUUUUAAAAAUUGAGCUAAAAAAGCUGAAAAUUUUGAGCAUAAAAUUGUCUGAAAUUUCAAAAUUUUUGCUCAAAAACUGAAAAAUGACUGAAAAUUCACAGAUUUUUCAAUAAAAAUAUGAAAUUGCUGAUUUUUUGAGCUAAAAAAUUCAAUUUAUCAGAGAAAUCUUGAUUUUACGAGCUCCAGAGCUCAUUUUUGCUCAAAAAUUUUGGAUUUUUAGGUCUAAUUUAGCGAUUUUUUUAAAAUUCAGCCUGAAAAAUCUCAUUUUUCAUCUAAAAAAUCCCAAUUUCAGAUCGAAGAACAAUGUCGAUCAUUCAAAGAUCGUCCAAUGAGUCCAGUUCGAAGUAAUCGAUCAUCAUCUGGACGAAUAAAACACGUUGAUGAUAUGCAUAUACCAAUUGAUCAUAGUCGAGGAAUUCCGGGAAUUGACAGACCUCGUGAGUUUUUUUGGGGGAAAUCUGAAAAUUUAGAGGUUUUGGAGCUGAAAAUUGUGAAAAUCAGGCUUUUUUCAGCCAUUUUGGGUAGUUUUUGAGCAAAAAUGAGCUCUGGAGCUCGAAAAUUCAAGAUUUCACUGAAAAAUUGAUAUUUUAGCUCAAAAAAUCUGAAAUUUUAUAUUUUUAUUGGAAAAUCUGUAAAUUUUCAGCCAUUUUUUGUAGUUUUGAGCAAAAAUGAGCUGUGGAGCUCGAAAAAUCAAGAUUUCUUUGAAAAAUUGAUAUUUUUAGCUCAAAAAAUCAGAAAUUUUAUAUUUUUAUUGGAAAAUCUGUGAAUUUUCAGCCAUUUUGGGUAGUUUUUGAGCAAAAAUGAGCUCUGGAACUCGAAAAUUUAAGAUUUCUCUGAAAAAUCGAUAGUUUUAGCUCAAAAAAUCAGAAAUUUCAUAUUUUUAUUGGGAAAUCUGUGAAUUUUCAGCCAUUUUUCAGUUUUUGAGCAAAAAUGAGCUUUGGAGCUCGAAAAUUCAAGAUUUCUCUGAAAAAUUGAAAUUUUCAGCUCAAAAAUCUGUAAAUUUUCAGCCAUUUUUCAGUUUUUGAGCAAAAUUAUGCUCUGGAACUCGAAAAAUUCCCCAAAAAAGUCCCAUAUUUUUUCCAGCCGUCGGUUAUUCACGCGACGAUUCUCCACGCGAACCACCGCAAAAAAAACGACGUGGCGGAGUCAGAGAGCGAGAGAAACGCGAGAGACGAGAGAACGAGAGUGGAGGUGGACGAGGGUAUCGAGAUAGAGAUCGUGGUUUUGGUGGAGGUGGAAAUCGAAGAGGUGGUGGUGGUAGAGGAGGUGGAAGAAAUCGAUAUGAUGAUUAUAACCAGGGUGGAAGUGGAAGUGGAUAUUCGAAAUAUCAAAAAGAGGAUUAUUCCAAGGAUUCUUAGUGAGUGAUAAUUUUUUUGGGGGGAAUUCGGGAAAAAACUGGAAAAAUGAGUGAUUUUGGGUCAUUUUUGAUCAAUUUCUGAGGAAAAUUCGAUUUUUCCCUUUGAAAAUUGUGAAAAUUCGAGUUUUCAGGAGAUUUCCAGCUAGAAAACAGUAAAAUUUUUGUAUUUUUUGGUCUUGAAACUUUUGAGAACUUGAUGAAAAUCAAGAAAAUCUGAGCUGUUAUGCUGAAAAUUGCUGAAAUUCUGGGGAAAUUUCAUUUUCCUCUUCAAAAAUUUGAAUUUUAUCCCAAAAUUAUGAAAGUUUUCAUCUACAAACCUUGAAAAUCCUGAAAAUUUGAGUAAGACUUAAAAAAUCUGGAAAAUCUGAGUUUUUCCAGAUAAAUUAAAGAUUUUCAGCAAAAAACUGUAAAAAUCCUGUUUUUUUCUGAUCUUCAAACUUUUGAGAACUUUGAAAUUCAGAAGUUUUCAGUUUUUUGAUGAAUUUCAGCCUAAAACCAUAAAAUUUGAUACACUUGACAAGAAACAUCCAGGAAAUUUGGCUCCAGCUCAAAAAAAUGCUCAAAGUUCGAAUUUUCACUGUUUAAAUCCUGAAAAUUCUGAAUUUUCAUCCAAAAAAAAAUGUCCAGCAAGAAAUACGCUUCAAAAUUUCUCUUUUAAACUGAAUCUGAAGAAAAAAAAAUAAUAGUUGACGCUUAUGAUAAUCCAAUAAUUCUUACAGCUCCUACGACAAUUCGUACAAUCAGGAAACUUAUGAAUCACAAUCUGCAGGAGCACAAGGAGAAGGUUAUGAAGGGUAUUAUGAAGCGUGAGUGUUUUUGGCUGAAAAUUCUAGAUUUUUGACUGAAAAUCUAGGUUUUCUAUCAAAUUUUUGCUCAAUAAUCCCCCAAUUUUUCCCAAAAAAUCCAAAAAUUUUCCAGAAAUGCCAGUGGAAAAUAUGGCGAAUCAAGUACAGAAGGAUAUGAUGCAUAUUAUGGCUAUGAUAAGUGAGUGCUGAAAUUUUCAGCCAAAAAAAAUAGUUUUCUGAAAUCUUACAGCAGCAAUUCUUAUGAUGGAUAUUAUUCGAAUGAUCAACAAAAAAGUUCGGCGGGAAAUUCUGCGGGAAAAUCUGGAGGUUCACAUUAUUAUCAACAAAAUACGGGAUUGGAUUAUCCGAGGUGAGGAUUUUGGCUGAAAAUCUGGAAUUUUUUGACAAAAAUUGAGUUUUUUUCACGAUUUUUCCUUGAAAAUUCAAUUUUUCCCAAAAAAUUUACGUUUCAAAAAUUCUUGAUAUUUUUUGAGGUUUUGAAAUUUCUGAUUUUAAAAGAUUUAUUGUCUGAAAAUCUGAAAAUUUGAACAAAUAUUGAGAAAUUUCAGAUUUUGGCUGAAAAUUUGAUUUUUUACAAAAAGCCCUCACAAAAUGCAAUUUUUCAAAUUUUAAAUUCGAAAAAUCUGUCAAAAAUUUUACCCAAAAAAUUUACGUUUCAAAAUUUUUUGAAAAAAUUUUGAAAAAAUGAUUUUUUAAUGCUGGAUCUGUUUAAUUUUUACAAAAAAAUGAUCAGGGAAAUUUAAUUUUCAGGAAAUUUCAGUCAGAAAUUGGCUGAAAACUGGGUUUUUUCCUAGAGUUUUUAAAGAUUUUUCUGACUGAAAAACUGGAUAAUUGCUGAAAUUUUGAACAAAUAUCGAGAAAUUUCAGAUUUCGGUUCUGAAAUGAUUUUUUUUUCAUUAAAAAAAUUCUGAAAUUCUGAAAAAUCACAAAUUUUUUUAUCCUAACUCAAAAAACCCAAAUUUUUGUAGCACCUACCACGCGACAUAUUCAUCCGAUGUCCCAAAAAAUCCCUAA